GAGUCUGUUCGGCAGUUCUUUUUCGCUUUGUCCGUUUCGCCGCCACUGUCACAAAUGUCUUUAGCCGUGGGCUGGUUAUUUGAAGUCGUUGUACUUCGCGCAUACAGUGCCGUGCGCAGUGUGUUGUUUGUGGAAAGUGCCAUGUAAAUACUGAGUCAUAACCCUUCGUGUUUUCAAAGAGUCAAUGUGUUGUGAGAGAAGCAGAGGUUAGGUUGAGCUAUCUCACAGAGAUCUCUCUUAGGAACUGCCUCAUAUUUUGUACAUUUGAGGCGAAUGUUUCUUGACACCAUCAGUUCUCCUCUCUAUGCACUCAUCAUUCUCAAUCAAUAAACUGUUCUAACAAGCACUGGUCUUCAUAGGAACAUGGAUGAUCUUGCCAAUGACGGGCCUGGAACUUCUUCUGGCUGGCAGCGCACCUUUGAAGCUUUGACCAACUACCACAAUGAAGCUUUCCAACUGCUGGAUGAGGCAGAGGCUCUGGAUAGAAGAAAUGAGUCUGCAGCUGCCCAGGCUAAGUACUCGGAAUGUUUGACUGUGAUGGACCGUGCCCUUUCUCUUCCCAUUAUCCGCCCACCCAAUCCAAACCUGUCUUGGGAACGAGCGGGAAUCAUGAUUCAAAAGCUACAAAAGAGCAAGGAAGAGAUCAAGACCAAAGCAGAAGCACUGCAGGGCAAGGCGGCCUCUUUGCCUUCCCCAUCCCAGCCCCCAAGCUACGAGGAGGUCAUGGCCUUGGACACCUCUAAAUCCAAUGACAAGGAGGCAGCUGGCAUGAGCUCUGGUGCUGAGGCUGGCCUGGAGGUGGCAGGCGCCGCACCGGCCCUACUCACCUACAAACAGCUUGGUGAAGCGCUACACACACUCAAGUGUGCAUUCAAAGCCAUUGUAGGAAAUGCCUCCAGAAGUAAAGGCAGUAAUAAUAUUCAGGUAGUGAAUGAGGCAGCUGGAGAUGCAGAAGUCAUCUUUGCAUACGAUAAUGUUCGCCUUUACUUCAUUUCACCUGAUGGCUCCGUCAGUUCUUCUUCAGAACCAGAGAGAAUGAUAAUUGUACAUUUUUCGGAGGAGAUUCCUGAUCGUCCCCCAGCUUACCUUCAAGUAGGCAGCUGGAUCUAUCCAUUGGUACCAGGUGUAUCUCCUUGUUUCCGCACAAGCUUUAGGGCUUUCAUUCUUCCUGAUAUUCACUCUGAUGUUGAAGGGUCUGCCGUUGGUUUGAUGCUUCCUGAGGAUGCUGAUGAAUCUGUCUUUGAGCUUCUGGAAAUUAUUUUGGAUGGCAUCACCCUCCAACUUGAACCAGAAGAAAGAAGUGCCGGUCGUUUACGUCGGGAAGUGGGCCUUGCUCAUUCUGUUGUAAGAGGUGCUAGAUGGGUGAGCAGCAGGCUCGUCAGUGGAGCAGAGCGGGCCGGUGAUCUUAUGAAUAGAGGCACUCCAAAACUCCUGCAACAUAUUGAGCAAGAACAGCCAAAGGAAUUCAGUCCCAAUGUUACUAAGGGAUUUGAAGUCGCAAAGAACGUAUCUGGAAAAGCUGUGCAAGUAACAGGUUUCAUAGCUGGUAAAGUAGGUUUAGCAACAACAGCUCUGGGCAGAUUUUUAGCCCCACACAUUCAACAACAGGGUACCCGCUUACUCACCAAUACCUUUAAAAUGGAUGAAACAGCAGCCAAGGACAAGAUGGAUAACAUUUUAGAGGCCACUGCUGGAGCUGUGGAAGCAUUUGGCACAGUGUAUGGGGCACUGGACCAGUCUGCUCAUAUUCUUGCAGGAAGUCUAGCUACUAACACUGUCUCCUUGGUUAAACACAAAUAUGGAGCUCAAGCUGGUCAAGUUGCUGGAAACACCUUUGACACUGUGGGAAAUGUAUUUGUAGCAGGUCAUGCUAUGAAAAGAUUGAAUCCAAAGUAUUUUGCAAAAUCAGCUGUAAAGGCAGCAGGCAAAGCUGUCAUAGAGGAUCAGCGUAAACAUUUGCUAGAAGAUUCCAAUACAAGUAGCUUUGCAAAACCAGGGCCCAACUUGGAAAAGUCAGAUUAAAAUUUUGAUGUACUAAAGUUUUUAGAGCAGAACUUUUUUAAAAACAUAAUUUUCAUAACAGUUUUAUAAAUUGACUGAAUAGUCUUGCAUCUUUGCAACUUGCAUCCAGUUCAAAGGAACCAUUAUUUUACCAUUUAUUCUCUAAAGAAAAUUACAUUUUGAAAGUUUUUUGUGUUCGUAUAACAUAUGAGUAUUGUGUUUAUUUGCCAUUGUUUUAAUAUCAAAUUAGGAGGUUGUGCAGGAUGUCAGCAAAUUAUUUAGAGGGAAUGGGAAUCAAUGAGUCAUAGUAGCAUUGAGUCAGUAGCUUUUCACAUUGUGUAAAUUCUCUUGUCCUUAGUGAGUUUCUAGUCUAGUCUUCAGUUCCCACUAAGGCCUAAGGGAAGUUUUGCAUCAUGUCUUUAAAAAGCAAGAUAAGAUGAAAAAUUUAAACUCUAAAUUGUAUUUUUUUCUAGGCUGUGUAACUUGUACUUGAGAUAAUUAUGAGAGUAACAAGUCUGAUUAAGUUAAAAGUUUCACUCACAGAAUGUUGAUUUUUGUCAUAAUUUUGUUAGCUCAAUUUAUUUAGUGGUUUGUACUUCCCUGCUUGUGUUCAUCCCUCCUUUUUGUUUCUUUUACUGUAAUUUAUUUUCAAGGUGUUUGGUGAGAGAACUUCGCUGUCAGCAAUCUCUUCCACAGCUAGUUUUCAUGUUCUGUUUUGAUCCUUUGAAUGUUUCUGUGUUGUUAAUAAAUGUUAUCAUACAUGUUA